AAACGUUUUUUGUGGAAAAAAUUUGGGCUCGUAUGCCAUAAAAUAUUAACCAAAACAAAGUAUAAAUUGAAAUAAUAACGAUUUUAUAAAGAUUGUUCAUGUGCGUUUAUUAUAAAAGUGUAAAAAACCGUGUGGAAAACUAAAAUUGACAACAAAAUUAAUGUUUAAGGUUUACAUACUGCUAGAGAGUUUAUUUGUAGUCCAAUGGAAGAAAUAUCAAGUUUAGAUUCCUUUCACACUGACGCUGAGUCAAACGCACGUCCUGAGUCGGAGCCACCCAAGUUGGACGAAGACACAUCGCAAGCAUCAAUGGACAAAGCGGUCGAUGGCGAUGCCACUAAAGAUACCGAAGAUGGUAAUAAUGAUGAAGAUUUCGAGCAAAUUUCAGAGGGGUCAUUUGAGGUAGAUGAAAAUUCAAAUGGCACUUCUUCGGGACCACCCAAAGAUGAUGGAAGUAACACACAAGAUAAGGUGGCAAGUGGUGAAGGUGAUCGAGGUGAGGGAGAUGGCAAAGAAGCAGAUUUGGCCGAAACUAAAACACAAGAUUCCGCAGAUUUCGAAGAAGUCGAUGCGAAUGUGUCUGGCGGUGGCCACAACGCAGCCGCCGAAGAAUCAGAUAUGUUAGGGGAGUCUGAUAUGACUUUGCCGACAGCUACUGAGAAAGUGGAGGGCGAACCAGUUGACAAGUCAGUCGAAUCCAUGGAAGUGGAUAAUCAAGUUAAUGCUGGUGCAUUGGGUGAAGGAGAAGCGGAACCUGAUACAGAGGCCCAAACAUCCGUAAGCAAUUCGCCUUCUGCCAAUGUGGCAACACAUCCAAUUACAGAAUGUGAUAAUGAUGAUAAGGUUGCUGAGCAAAAUGAUAUCAGUAUGGAAGCGUUGGAAGAUGUUGAAGCUGUUGAUGAUGAUGGUAAAACCGAUAUAGGCGGAAAGGAAGAUAUGGCAAAUAAUGAAGGAACUGGCGCCGGCAAUGCUGGCGAUGAUGAUGGAAACGAGCAAAAUACGGCUGAGGACGAAUCCGAGCCAGCGGAAAAAGGCACUGAAACAAUGGCGGGCCAAGAUGCUGAAGCCGAACCAGAACGGGAAGAUGAACCAGUUGAAAAUGUUCAAGAGCCAGAAGAUUCGGAUAUAUGUCUUAUACCAGAUGAUCCCGAAAGCGAAGUGACUGAAGCAGAAAAAGAACAAGCCAUACUGGCGCGAGAGAAUGCCGAAAAAGAGGAUGCAGAGGCAGAAGCGGAGACAGAUAAGGAUGAAACAAGCGAAAAGGAUACUCCAGAUGUCGGCAUAGGAGAUGCUGAAAUAGCCGAAGCCGAAGCUCAAGCUUACUCAGCUGGAGCUGGUGCUGAAGCAGCUGACGCUGGUAGUGGCAGCAGCGAAGAAACACAACAAAACACUGUAGAAGAAGCAGUAGAUGCACCCGAUGCUGAUGAACCGUUAUUGGAGGAAAUGCAAACCAGUACAACUGAAACUGGUUCAACACCGAAAAUUAUUAUCGCUUGGAUACUUUCAUCUACCCAGAAAUGUAUACAGUGUGAAAAUGAAAAAACCUGUGGUUUUCGAUAUAAGAACCCUGAAAGUGGAAAUUUAGAAUAUUUGUGCGAGCAAACGUGCUGUGAUGCUCUGUUGUCCGCUAAUCCUGGCAAGUAUUUCAUUCGCCGAAAAAAAUUCCUUAUUGAGGAACUAAGUAAUGAACCAAAAGAUAAAGAUGUAGCAGAAAAGGGCAAUGAUGGUAGUGUUCCAGGUGACACGGGUAAAUCUACAGAGGCAGAAAAAGAAGCAAACAUGUAUUCAUGCUUGCAAUGUAAGGAAGUGAAAGUAUGUAAAUACUUCUUUCGCCAGGAUGAUGAGCAACUUUACAUUUGUAGCGAUAUAUGCUAUAACCUACUAAAUCUGGAAGAACCUGACAAAUUUAAAUUAAAACGCCAUUCAAUACGUGUGCGAAAUAUUGGCGCAACUUUGACAACACCUGUGGCGCCUGCACCAGGAGCUUUAACGACGGCCGUCACAAGUGCAAGCACAGCAGCUAAGACGAAAAGCACCCGGGAUACGGGUGUUGUAGCUCGCACCACCGCAGAGGCAGAGGCUGCACGUAUAGAGCGGAAUGCCAGUUUUUUGCGCCGAUGUGCAGAGUGUUUCAAUGAGGUGACGUUAGGUGACAAAAAUCUGCUCUGGGAAACAAUGGAUUUCUGUAAUGAGAUCUGUCUUGGCAAAUACCAACGUACAAUCGGUGCGAAUUGUCAAACGUGCCAUGGUGAAGUGCCACAUCCUGCGCUCGGAAAGUAUUGUGUGCGCUUCGGUUUCGACAUUCGACAAUUUUGCUGUGCUGCAUGCCUCAAUGAAUUCAAAAAGGGCCUAAAGACCUGUUCGUGUUGCCAGAAAGACAUUUCAUCGGGUAGCGAAGGAUUUCUCGCGCCUGUCGGUGAUAAAGAACAAUUCAAAGAUUUCUGUUCACAGGCCUGCAUGCGCCGAUACGAUAGCAUGUGUAAUCCAAAGAAGAAACUUCGCAAUGAUACUUGUGCAGUGUGUAACAAUGAUAAACCGGUGCGUGUCGAAAUCAUGCUGGAUGGCAAAGAACAUAAUUUUUGCUCAAAUCCUUGCUUUUCUGCUUUUAAAUUCGUAAGCAAUAUAGUCGCUGAUCAGUGCGCUAUGUGCUCUAAGUAUUUCGAACGCAAAGGCACCGAUUCGUUUACCAUUUAUACAGAAAGGCGGACUAAAGUAUUUUGUACACGAAUUUGCCUUAAUGUGUACAUAAUUGUGAAUCGUCGUAUAGUCUCAUGUCAAUGGUGCAAAGUAAAGAAAUAUAAUUUCGAUAUGAUCUAUAAGCAACAAGAUUCACAGGAAAUACUUAUGUGUUCCCUUAAUUGUCUAACGUUAUAUGGUGUGUCUAUUAAUGCGUUCUCCCGCACCGUUGCGAAUUGCGACAAUUGUAAUACUUCUGCCACACCGCAAUACCAUCUCACCAUGUCGGAUGCUUCAAUGCGUAAUUUUUGCACAUAUCAAUGUGUUAUGCAGUUUCAGAGUCAAUUUGCACGUGCACCGCUUACCUUGGAAAAUGAUUCACCAGCUACACAGCAAGCAGCUGCGGUGGGUCAACCCGCACCUAAUAAAAGCAAUGUACCAUUUCCCACAGGAUUGCCCAAAAGGGUCAAACUAAAGAUUCCACAGCAGUCAAAGCAGCCAAUACAGGUAAAGCCAAAUACACCACACAGUUUGUCUGCGCAUCGCGAGUACUUACCGCAACCAAUGUACAUGUACUCUGCACCAUUUCCGGUGCCAAUACCAAUUCCAUUACCCAUACCAGUACCAAUUUUCAUACCGACUACACGAAAUUCUGCUCAGGGUAUAUUAAAAGAAAUCAAGAAGAUUCAAGAUAAAAUGCCUGCAGAUCCAUUUGAAGCCGAGUUGCUCAUGAUGGCCGAAAUGGUUGCUGAGGAAAAGCACGAAUCAGAUUCAGAUUCUGAAGAUGAGGUGAAAACUGAACCCAGUUUGGUACCAAUACAAUACAGUAAUGAUGUACAACCAGUUGAGGUGGCGAAUAAUUCAUAUGGCGAAGAAGUACUGCAGAUGGCAUUGAAAAUGGCAACUGGUGAGUAUGAUCAACCAGCCGUUGACUUGGAAUCGGCAAUGUCGGCAAAUGAGAUCACAAACCCGCCACCAGGUAUGGUUGGACACGACGAUUCUAUGAGUCAUAUGAGCGCACACCAUAUGCAUCAACAGCAUCAUAUAAUGGAAACACAACGCAGUGGACGUGGCCGUAAACGUGGCGGUAUGACUUCGCCGGUAUCACCGCGCAGUAAUAAUCGGUCGCCGGUGAAACGUUCCCGCAUCGAUAUAGAACCGGCCCAACCACCACCACAACCUGUUCAACCUGCAGAGAAACCCGACGCAAAUAUGUGUCUCAAAUACACUUUUGGUGUGAACGCGUGGAAACAAUGGGUAAUGACAAAGAAUGCCGACAUCGAGAAGAGUAGUACAAGGCGGCGACCAUUCAAAACAGAGCUGCUGCAAAUGACCGCCGACGAAUUGAACUAUUCGUUGUGUUUGUUUGUGAAGGAGGUGCGGAAGCCGAAUGGCACAGAAUAUGCGCCAGACACUAUAUAUUACUUAGUACUAGGUAUUCAACAAUAUCUAUAUGAAAAUGGGCGAAUAGAUAACAUAUUUACAGAUCCAUAUUACGAACGGUUUACCGAUUGCUUGGAUGAAGUGGCUCGUAAAUUCUCCGUACUUUAUAAUGAUUCGCAGUACAUUGUUACCCGUGUCGAAGAAGAACACUUGUGGGAGUGCAAACAGCUGGGCGCUCAUUCACCACAUGUUUUACUUAGUACACUAAUGUUCUUUAACACAAAACAUUUCAAUUUAACGACGGUGGAAGAGCACAUGCAAUUAUCAUUUUCGCACAUAAUGAAACAUUGGAAACGUUCGGCACAAAAUGCCAAAAUGCCCGGUACACGAAAUGUGUUAUUGCGUUUCUAUCCGCCACAAGCUGGUCUUGAUGCUAACCCAAGAAAGAAGAAGGUUUACGAACAACAAGAGAAUGAAGAAAAUCCAUUGCGUUGUCCGGUCCGCCUUUACGAAUUUUAUCUCUCCAAAUGCCCGGAAAGUGUAAAAACGCGAAACGACGUAUUUUAUCUACAACCUGAACGCUCUUGUGUUCCCGAUUCGCCCGUGUGGUAUUCUACGCAAGCGCUCAGCCAGGAAUCAUUACAAAAGAUGCUGCACCGUGUCAAAAUGGUUAAAGAAAUCAAUAUUGCACUACUGACGAGUUAAUACGACGUGGCUUUACCAAGCAGCACCAGCAGCAGCACAAUUAGUACCAACACCACCAUCACUAAUAGUCAUAGCCGCAACCUUUCAAAUCAGCAUCAGCAUUCGGCGCUGCAAACGGCCAUAAACGCGUUGCGCUGUUUAUUUCCGCCAAUAGGUUAGACAAUGUGCAAUUCGUCGCGGCUCAACAGAAUAAAUGCAAACAUGUAUUCAUUAUCCCACACUUAUUGUUCGAGUUUUUUUUUCACUUGCCGAGGAUAAAUCCAGCAUCGUUCUUUAGUGUAGUCAUCCAGUUAGUUCUGAGCAAUUAUGUAAGCAAACAAAUUGAAUACAGUUGCGCUUAACUGAAGAAAUAUUUUUAAUUUUAAAAUAAAUACAUACAUAUGUA